UCCUGACUGAACUUGCGCUUAAGCUACAUGUAACCAAAGACAUUAAGUCUGUAAACCAGUGAGCUAAAUUGACAAAAAACAAGCUGAUAGAAUCUCCAAACAAAACUUUGCCCAGUUAAGGAGGUGUGAGCUGAAGCUAAAGGUGAAGACUAAGGACCAUGGAGACAACAUUUCUUAGAAGGAUGUACCGCCCCUUUUUCCUUUUUCUGGCUGUCCUAACCUUAAUCUAUGUGGUAUAUCACAUAUAUACUCUGCAGUUUCAGCCUAAAGUCAACUUCACCAUCAUCAUGCCAAGAGUCUCCCCUCAUCAUACCGUUAAUCGCACCUUCUGCACCUUCGAGCCGCUGUCCCCCCAGGACGCCUUGGAGGAACGCCUCAUACUAGACUCCAUUGCUCGGCCUGAAACUCCACUUUUACCAUCUCCUGUUUCCUUGGAGCAGACAACUGAUCCAACCCACAGUACCUUCACCAUCCUCCCAGGGAGGAAAGGGGGGCAGUGGCAUGUAGGGGACCAGCUGGAGGUUAUGAUACAAACCUUUGACUUCCAAGGUCGUCCCAAGAAGUCUGGGGGGGACUUCCUGACCGCCCGUCUGCACAACCUGAAGCUUGAAGCAGGUGUGGCUGGUCAAGUUGUGGAUCAUCUGAAUGGGAGCUACUCUGCUGUGUUCUCUUUGCUCUGGGAAGGAGACGCACGUGUUGAGGUGACUCUGGUUCACCCUGGUGAGGCCUUCUCAGUGCUGGACAGGCUGAACAGAGAACAGCCGGAUAGGAUUUACUUCAAGAGCAUCUUCCGCUCAGGCUCUCUCUCUGAAACCGCCAUCUGUAACGUCUGCCUCCGUCCAACCCAACAGCCUGUGUGUAACUACACUGACCUUCGUACAGGCGAACCUUGGUUCUGUUACAAGCCAAAGAACCUGAGCUGUGAUACCAGGAUCAACCACUUCAUGGGAGCAACAUUACAAAACAUUAAGGCAAAUGAGGAGAAGCUCUUUCACAGUGGUGUUAACUUGAAAGUCAACAUUCCAGCUUCAGGACCUGCGAGUGUGACUUUGUUGCCACCAGAAGAAGGUCAACCAAAGGUGAAAAGCAGCACUGUGACAUCUGAACCUUCGGGCUAUUACUACCAGGGUGUGUGGCGAGGACUAGGUGGCCUCACAAUUCACCAAUUCAACGCCUCUGCCAUUACGCAGUGUCUGAAAGGCAAAGCAGUUCACAUGUAUGGAGACUCUACCGUCAGGCAGUGGUUUGAGUUCCUCAACGCAGCUCUACCAGGUCUUAAGGAGUUUGACCUGCACAGCCCGAAGCAAGCAGGACCUUACAUCUCUUUGGACUUUGCAAACAACAUCUUGGUGACGUCCCGCUUCCACGGCCCCCCAAUUCGGAUUGUAGUUGUCUCGACCAGCGCACUUCGUUACAUUGCUAAUGAGCUAGAUGGCUUAGUUGGAGGCCCUGACACUGUCGUAGUCUUUGGCAUCUGGGCUCACUUUGGCACUUUCCCCAUGGAGAUCUACAUCAGGAGGCUACAGAGCAUCCGUAGGGCGGUGGUACGGCUGCUGGACAGGGCUCCAGGCACGCUGGUCAUCAUCCGGACAGGGAACCCGAAAUUUUUAAACCUUUUUGUGUCCCUAACUAACAGCGACUGGCACUCUCUGCAGUGCAACAAAGUGCUCAGAGCCGUGUUCAAAGGACUGAAAGUUCAUCUGAUCGAUGCCUGGGAAAUGACCCUGGCCCACCACCUGCCGCAUAACCUCCACCCACCUCCUCCCAUUAUUAAGAAUAUGAUAAACCAUCUAUUGUCGUAUAUAUGUCCUCAAAAGGAAGGUUAAACAUUUGUGUUUUCGGGGGUAGGAAUGGGUAGUAAAAAACAUGUUAAUUUUACAUAUGUCUCUUUCCACCAGGUGCUUUUAUUUUUGCUUCAUGGCUUUAUACUAACAAUCUUAGUAAGUCUUAGUAUUUUGUAAAAAACAUCUUGUACCUCCACGAGGUUUGGAUCUAAAAUACCCUUCUCUGUGUUCUCUAACCCUAAUUAAGAUUGGACAUGUCUUUAUGCUUAGCUAACCUUUAGCUUUUUCACAUAAUGUUUGACAAAUGUAUAUCAGUCUCUGUUAACCAAGGGGUUCAGUUUUUUUAUAAAUCUAUAAUAAACGCCUUA